AACAGCAUCAAGUACAGAUAUUCCAUGAUGAGAGAAUUGAGCUUCUCUGCAUGAAUUAUUCAUUUCCCCGCCCCUUUCCACUGAUAUAAAGUGCUCUUGCUGUGACACAGUUAUACGCACAAUGAAGAGCUUCACCUUAAUAACAGCUUUACUUCUCUGCAGCCUCAGCUGGAUCUCUGUCUCAGGUUCUGAGUCUCAGACUGUGGAGGUUCAGCCUGGAGAAGAUGUCACACUGCUAUGCUCCAACAUUUCCACACGUCCAACUCAGACAGACUGGUUCAGAGUGACCAACAGAGCCAAACCCAGCUGUAUCUCCUCUAUGUACGGAUCUGAUAGUGAAGCUUCAUUCUGUGAUGGAUUUCAAAAUGGAACAUUUAAAAUGAGCUCCAACGUCUCCACUGUUUUUCUUCAAAUCAAGCGAGUGAAUUUCUCUGACUCUGGACUGUAUUUCUGUGGAUUUUACAUAAAUGCACACAUCGUCAUUUCCACUGCAACAUAUGUAAAUGUCAAAGGUGAUGGUGAAUCUGAUGAUGAACUGGAUUUUCACACGCACAUAGAGGAGCCUGAUGGAAUGACAACCCUAAUGAGUGUGAUCCUGGGUGGUCUGACUGCUGUCCUCACUAUAGUCAUCAUUGUUCUGGCUGUUAAAAUCAGGAAACUUCAGACAGCUGUGAAAGAAGAAGUGCAGCCAGAAAGAAACAAGAAUCUGGACUCAGAUGACCUGAACUACGCAGCUCUACGUUUCCAGGCGAAACCAAAAAGAAACCACAGACCUGCACCAGAGAGAGAGCUGGAGCCACAUGUUGUGUAUGCUGCCACCAGAUAGACUCAACUGGGACUGUAGCUCUGAGUGGAACUGAUGCUUUAUCACAUUAAUCUGCUUUACACAGACUUAUUGAACUACUUCAGCAGCCUUCAAACUUCAAGACACUCUUUUGCCAGUGCACAUCCACAUGAACACACUCAGCCAUGAUUUCAGGUUAAACUCUCAUCUAUCAGGUUUCUAGUGCUGCUCAGUGAAUUCAUUUCACUGUAGCAGAGUACAGUGGUUCCCAGAAACACAAAGAGCAGGCACACAACAGUGUUUAACCUCUAUAAAGUCACAUGGUAGAGACAUAGGAUCUCCACAGCUGAAUAAUAAUCACAGCUUUUUCCACCAGUAUAAAGAAUCGAGCAGGCAGACAGCAGGCAGCGCACCAAGCCAUAAACCCACCCAACAUUAGACACAGUA